UAAAUGGACCAAUCCGCUGCUUUGUCUCAGUGUGACGUCCAGCGGAAGUAAAACUAAAGGCUCCAGCAGCAGCUUGUUUGGACUCAGCUGGAAGACGGUUGUGUUUUCGUAUCUCAGCUGAAUAUUUCAGUAGUUUCAGUAACAAUGUCUUCAGUUCAGCAUCUGAGAGAGUUUAUCAGAGAGCGACUAACUGCUGCUGCUGAAGAAAUCUUCUCAGAGGUUGAGAAAACCAUCGUCCGCUACGAGGAGGACGUUAGACUGCUGGAAACCUGCUGGAAACCCCAGAUAAACACGACCAGAACCGGUCCAGACCAAGACAAACCAGAACCUCUACAGAUUAAACAGGAAGAAUCAGAACCUCCACUGAUUGAAGAUGGCCUAGAAGGGCAAGAACUUGUGAAAGGACACCAGAAGGAACCAGUACCUAGAGGAAUUAAGGGAGAACAGAAGCAAUCAGAACGUCUACAGAUUGAGGACAACCAAGGGCCACCAGAACCUGUGGGGAUUGUAGUAGCCCAGGAGCAACCAGAACCACCACAGACUGAAGAUGAACUUACAGAACCACAGCUGCUUUAUGACAACAUUUCUGACAACCAAAAGGGACAGCCGCUGGUACCGAAGGAGGAGACAUUUGUGGACCCUGUGAUUUAUCAACAAAGUGAAUCAGAACCAAACACAGAGCAGUUUUACACCUAUUAUAGUUCUGAAGCUCAGACCCAAAGUCUAGAAGGAAACGGCUUCUCCGUGUCUCAGAGUCUGUCUCAUACGGACACCGAUGCUUGUCUGAAAUGUGAGUUUUGUGAAAAAGUCUUUAACUACAAAAACAAUUUGAUCCAGCAUCGCAGAACCCACACAGGGGAGCGGCCUUUUUCCUGUAAAACGUGCGGCAAGAGCUUUUCUAAAAGCUGCAAUUUGAAGGUCCACAUGAGAACCCACACCGGUGAGAAGCCUUUCAUAUGUGGCAUCUGUGGCAAAGCCUUAAGUUCUAACAGACAUCUGUCUGAUCACAUGAUCACUCACUCCAAGCAGAAGCCCUACGCCUGUUCGAUGUGUGUUGGAAAAACGUUUUCUCAUGAGAGCUCCUACCAGUACCACAUGAAAAGCCACAACGACGACAGAGCUUAUUCUUGUGACACGUGUGGAAAAAGGUUCAUUCUCAAUUCUAGUCUGCUGAAACACAUGAGAACCCACACCGGUGAGAGGCCUUUCUCAUGUACGACAUGCGGAAAACAAUUUGCUCAGAACAGUAACUUGAGUGUUCACAUGAGAAUUCACACGGGCGAGAAGCCGUAUUCCUGCCCAACGUGUGGAGAGAGGUUCUGUCGUAGAGCGGGUCUGCUCAGGCACACGAGGACUCACAGAACCGCCUGACUGGGAAAAAACAGACUGACGUUUGUGACACAUCUGUGACAUCUGUGACACCUGUUAGUUCAUGCUGUUCUCAUGCCGCCACACAAAUCCUCAGAGGCUCUAACCGUCUGAAUCAUUUAUCCUUCAGAGGAUAAAACAUUGUUUUCUAAUCCGGUGAGGAAAUGGUUAAUGAUCCAGAGCUGGAGAGGCAGGUAUAACACAGCGUUAAAUGAAGAAGUCGUCCUGGUGGACAUUGUGACCUUCUACUGACCCCUCCUGAGGCUGUUUUACGUUGAUAUAUUUUAUGUCCAUUAGAAGAUCAGGGCCACCAAGAUCCUGAAGCGUCCUCAGAGAGUUCCUCACUGAGCCUAAAAGUCCUGCCAAGAACUCUGAGCUAGGAGAUGAGCGAGAAGGUGUGGUUGACCCUGUUGCUAGGUGUGAUGCUGUCUUCUAAGAGCUGUGAUUGGUUGUUGCAACUCCUGGGAUAGGAGAAUAUCUCUCCAUCUUUCCUCCAUCUUCUCUGCUUCAGGCUCUUAGGUUCACUAAAAGUCCUCCUCACCGCUCUGAACAUCUCCUCACGUUAGGAGCUCUCUGAAGGCCUCAGAUGCUUCAUGAAUAACUUUUAUCUCACUGAGGGAAAAUUCUAGGAAAAAUCUUAGGUUUUUCUUAGAAGGAGCUACUUUUAGUCUCAGGAUUCUUUGGGAAGACGGGUUCUGGUAUGUUCUAACUUGAGACUGAAUUAUUGGUGGCUUAUGUGUGAUAUUUAUGGAAACAUGAUCAAACUGAACCAAAUCAAAACACAAGAACCAAACUGGACUUUCUGGACGGCUUCAAUCUUACUGUAAAAUGAUGAAUGUCAGCAUUAAAAAACCUGUGAAGAAAUCAUGUGAUGCAACAUAUGAUUAUUAUUAUGAUUAUUAUUAUUAAAGUCAGUUUUCCAGCUAGUUAGUUUAGUGCAGAACUGUUCAGAAUCUGUAAGCAUAACUUUCUCAGGCUCAAUGAAAUCAAUCAGAGGUCCACAUUUUCACUAAGCAAGAGUUAUUUUUGUUCCACCGAGACUCACAUAACCCAAACACUGAAAAACGGUCCUAACCCAGAACCAGUUUGCUGCUGGUCCAGAGGACAGAACCUCUUUCAUCAGCAGUUAAAGGCGGGAUCCUCGGGAGCAGCGUCCAAUCAAACUGUUGUGAGCGCAACGUUUAAGCUGCAGUUUAGUUUCCUUUUUAUUGGUCAGAUUUGAUGAAAAACCACUAAAAACAUCAUGUUUCAAGGAUAAUAAUAAAGGAUCCGAUCAGCAUCACAAUAACUGAAGAUAACCGUCGCUGAUCUUCCUGCAGUUUGUUUUGAAAUCACAUCACAGACUUUAAGUAGGCCAAUUUCUGCAGGUUGUUUUCCCCUGAGUCCAUAAACACUGGUGGUCUUUUAUUAUCUCCAGGUGGAGUUGAUGAAUCUGGCUCUAAAAGUUCUGUUUACGUCCUGUUCUCCAGCUGCUGGUCCUGAUGUCUCAUCAGGAUUAUGAAGCGUUCACAAACACUGUUGAUAAAGUGAAUUGGUGAAAUUAGACCUUCUGUUUGCUGAGAUGCUAGAAUGAAUAGCCUUGUUUGUUAAAGGGAGAGACUUUUUUAACGCCUAACUCCAUGCUGUUGUGUACUUGGAGUCUGUAGGAGUACAGAAAAGUUGAAUUUAGUCUCUCCGGUUGCUGCGUUGAUAUUCAGUUUGACUCAUAUUUUUCACUCCGUUCAGUUUUCUCUGUCCUCUAGUACGUCUUACGUCACACUAUUUGCUGCAGAACAGCCACCGAUUUGCCUUUUCCGCCAUUUUUAUUUCUCGACCAAGCUCAAGUAUACCGAAGCUGCAAGUAGAUGGGUCUAAAUGUUGGGUUUUUUGGUGUAUUAAUCCACAUCGUCCCCCAGCAUCAGAACCUCUUCAAAGUUUCUGGUGAAAUUUUAUUUUUCAUUGAAAUGUUCCCAUCAGAGGGGAAACUCCUCUUCGUCUGCGUGAAGCUCUUCAAGGAUGAGUUCUUCAUCAGCCUCCUCCAGAAUCUAGAAGGAUUUGCUGAAAGACUUCAUCUGAUUAAGAGGUCGGUUCCUUCUAUCUAUGGAAACAACGAACGCAGCGAAGCAGAAAGCUGCAAAUAAUGAUAAAAUGACAACAAACUUUAUUCUAGACAUAAUUUGUUGUGUUGAUAGGACGUCCUGGCUGUGGUUCUGAUAGCAGCAGCAUCGUACCUUCUGCUGAUGUUAGCGCUGUGUGCUGCUUUUAGCUCCUGGAGGACAGAACCGUGCUGCAGGUUUGAAUAUUAUUAUUAUAUAUGUAAUAUGUUCUCUUUAAAGUGUCUCCACGCUCGAUGAUUCAUCAGAAACCAGACUAAAACAGAAGGAGGGUCAACCAUUAACUGGAUGAGAUGUUUAUAAUGAUGUGGUUCUGACUUGGUGGCUGACAAGCAACCGAUUCUUUUACAAUACCAGUUAGGAACUGGGUCUAGCAUGAGCACUGGUUAAGAACUGGCCCAUUUAAUGGAAAAGCCCAAACACAGAUCUCCGUAGCAACCGUUUAACGUCACAGUUAUUAAAACUAGUUGUUUAGGAGGCUUGACAGGAAAAAGCCUUUUCCACCACCUACCAUCACAAACACAAACCUGUGGAGAUUUCUGAACUCCUUUGGGUUUUUAACUGACUUCAGGUUAAAUUGGACCUUUAGGGAUUCAUACCCUCAGGUUGUUUCUAUGGGUCACUAUUUCCAUCUGUUUCAGACCCCUAAUCAAACCAUUUACUUUAGGUUGGGUCACAAUAAAUGGUAAUAAAAUAAUCAAACCUUAUAAUUUAAUUGGAUUAUAAUCAGAAAACUGUAUUUUGACCUUUAUCUCCUUUAGUUUGGUUCUUGAAUCAGUAGAAUCCUAUAAAAUAAAACAAUAUGAUCCUGGAUCAUUUAAUACAACUAAGGUUCUUAUAACUAAGUUAUAAAAAUGUUUGAAUUUGAAGAGUGUGCCUCCGCUUUCUGGCAGAUCCUGUGUGGAACCAGCAUCUGCAUGCAAAACGCAGCUUAGUGUAACCUGUGAAUUAUGCUUUAAGUUGUGAUUGCAUGGCAAAAACCAAAAAACAAAAUGAAGGAAAAUAAAAAGCUUGAUGCCUGUGAUUUAGUCUGAAGGUAUUGAAAAGAUUCUAUACUGUGAAGAUUAACAUUUUUUUCCAAUGUUUUACAAUUUUAAAAAGAUUUACUGUUUUGGGACCUAAACAUAAAAAGUGUACAUUUUUUACAAUAAACAAUCAUUGCUCCACAAAUAAUGCAUCAAAAUCCAUAUUGUCAUCAAUUUUGGACCUAGUCAAGGCUGUAAUACUCAUUCCAAAAUAUUCCACUUUGGUGGAAAAUGUCCUUUUUCAGAGAAAUGUAGCAUAUUUAAUGUUUUUCCCCUUUAAGAAUACAAAGUUUUUUGAAAAAAAAUAAAUACAUAUAUAUAUAUAUAAAAAACUACCAAUGAGUGGGUCUUCAGUGGUUGGAAAGAUCUGAUGCAGUGUAAGUGAAAAAAAAAUGAAAUAUAAAUUUUUUAUUUCACUUGUAUAAGAGGUACCGUUUUGGGACAUAGGGGUAAAAAGUGUAUGUUCAAUAUAAAGGUGCCUCAAGGGUUAAUAUAAUGUUUUAUUAAAAUAAAGUUUUAGUAAAAUGUUUCAUUUGCCUUCUGAUUUUGCUUUUCAACUGUUUGUUGGAAGACAUACCAAUUGUUAACCUUAAUUAUUAAAACUAAUUUGACCUAAUUUUCCAGUUUUUUAAGGUAAACCUUGGUUCAUAUGGUGCAUUCCAUUUACACACGGAAGUCGGAAUUUCCAACCUUUGAAUAGCAGUUCGUUAUGUAACAUUUGGUCAGCCGUAAACGUACAACUUGUCAGAGUUUAGAAGACGAGAUGUAUCAACAUUGAAAUACAUCGUAGAACAGUGUUAUUGUAAGACUGCGGUUACAGUUGCUAGCAAUACGAACAAAAACAAGCAGGAAACUGGAACGCUACAACUCAUGACGUAAACUCCAACCUCAUGGUUCCGAUUUCCGAGGUCAAUGGAACGUAGCAUUAAAAAUAAUUAUCCACGUUAAAUUGUCAUAUCAUUGCAUCAUUUUAUGAUUAUGGUUUUUCAGUCAUUGUUCCUUUAUUUGCACACAGCUCCUGUUCACAUUCCUUUAUUCUUUUCAGGUUUCCUUGCUAGUCUGUCAAUUGUUUCUAGCCUCCUCAGAGUUUAUAUGAAAUAUCUUAACUUGGAGUUUGUUAAUAAAUUCUUACAUUUUGGAGAGAA